AUGGCAUCACAAGCCGCCUACAUGGUCGAAAAGGCCGUCGGACACGGAAAGGAGAAUAUCAAACAAGACGUUUCCAAGUAUGAAGGGGUUGACGAUCCAAACGAAACCAUGAAGGCGUUGGUAUGGCAGGGCAAGCAAAAGGUCGAAGUCGUUGAGGUUCCAAAACCCAAAAUCCUGGAGGACCAGGAUGUGAUCCUGAAGGUCACCGGAACUACUGUCUGCGGGAGUGAUUUGCACUUGCUUCACGGCGCCAUCAUCCAGCUGAGCAAGGGCGACAUCCUCGGACACGAGUUCUGCGGCGUCGUCGACCAAGUCGGACCGGCGGUGAAGAAUAUCAAGGUCGGAAAGCGGUAUGUCGCCGCCUUCCAGAUUACGUGCGGAGAGUGCGAGAAGACCAACUCCAACACAACCGCCAAGGCCAUGUACGGCUCCCGAACCGCCGGCUUGUUUGGGUACUCACAUUUCACGGGUGGUUUUGCCGGCGGUCAGGCCGAAUACGUGCGGGUGCCGAUCGCGGACGCCAACCUUCUAGAGAUACCGGACGCUCUUUACCUUUCCGAUGUCCUUCCCACCGCGUACAACGCCGUCAAAGACACUGCCGUCUACCCCGGCGACCAAGUAGCCAUCUUCGGUGCUGGGCCCAUCGGUCAAAUGGCCGGUGUCUUUGCUCUGGGGGAGGGUGCCAGCAAGGUCAUUGCCAUCGACACCGAACCCCGACUUUCUGCCAUCUCUCAACGCUGGCCCGCCGAGCACAAGGACAAGCUCCAAGUACUCGAUUACAAAAAGCUCAGCUUUGGCAUUACAAACAAGGAGACAGUGGUCAGUAAGCUCAAGGAGCUGUGCGGCGGGCGCGGGCCAGACGUGGCCAUCGAGUGCGCAGCCGGCGAGUAUGCCAAGGGUUGGAUGCACUGGCUGGAGAUGUCGCUCGGUGCCGAGACGGACACCAGCGAGAUCCUCAACGAGAUGAUUGAGGGCGUGAGGAAUUACGGCCGGGCUGGAAUCACGGGAGUGUAUGUGGGAUACGACAAGACCAACCACCUCAACGUGGGAUCUUUGAUGCAGCGCGGUAUUCGUCUCAUCGGUAAUGGCCAGGCCCCUGUCAUGAAAUACUGGGAGGGGCUUCUGUCGAAGAUCCAACAAGGCGAAUUAGACCCGACCCAGAUGCUCUCACACCGCUUCCGCAUCGAUGACAUCGACAAGGUCUACUACAAGUUUGACUCCAAGGAAGACAACAUCCAGAAGGUCUUCGUGGAGACCAAGUUCUCCUUCCCGCGGGCUGAGGGUACGCCGGAGUUGACCACGCUCUAA